UUUCUGAGUUAUCAUACAAGAAAGUCCUGACAAAAUGAGCGGAAGAGGCAAAACCGGUGGCAAGGCUAGAGCAAAGGCCAAGACUCGUUCUUCCCGUGCAGGAUUGCAGUUCCCAGUCGGUCGUGUCCACAGGCUGCUGCGCAAAGGUAAUUAUGCCCAGCGUGUUGGUGCCGGCGCACCCGUCUACCUGGCUGCUGUUCUCGAGUAUCUGACCGCUGAGAUUCUCGAGUUGGCCGGCAACGCUGCCCGCGACAACAAGAAGACCAGGAUCAUCCCCCGCCACCUGCAGCUGGCCGUCCGCAAUGACGAGGAGCUGAACAAACUCUUGGGCGGAGUGACCAUCGCCCAGGGCGGCGUCUUGCCUAAUAUCCAGGCAGUUUUGUUGCCCAAGAAAACCGAGAAGGCAGCUAAAGCCAAGUAAAGACUGACUAAC